AUGACCGAGUACACAACGUCCUCGCAGGCCUAUCGCGACUACAUGUCUGCUCGUGAAAGGACAGCUCACUGGGUUCAAGCAUGUUCACCCACGGGCUACGAGGGGGGACUCUAUUCUCCCUCUGUUCCACCAUCUGUUCUAGAUGGUCUGGUGCCUUCGUCACCGCCUUCUGAAGCCGACAGCUCUCACUCGACGCCACCAAAGAUGGUCCUGCGCUAUAACGACGGCAGGCCUGACGUCCCCAUUCCUCAUCCCAAUGGCGUACAUGGGUCCAUGUCGGGUUCCAAACGUCAUCAAGAACCUAACUUGACGCGAUCACACUCUCAUCCAUAUAAUCAUCCAUCUAAUCAUUCAAGGUCGGGCUCCAGUGCUGAUUCGCCGUCCCAUCAAUCUCGUCACCGCAGGCCCGACCCAAACGUACCAGAGGAAAUUAAAAUUUUGCCAACAUACGGCGACGCUCCAGCUUCAUCGACCUCUUCACGUCCCGGUCAUUCUAGGUCGAGGUCCGUCCCUAGGCCGUCGGAGCGUCACGAGGAGCCGGUUCCGGACGUACCUUUCAUCCCUUCGCAUCUGCAAUCUCAAUCACCCUAUUAUGCUUCACAUGCAGCGAAUCAGCAAGGGGUAUCUCCGACCUCUCAGCAAGUUAGCUUCGCUCAAACUCCCCAUGCAUGGCCGCGUCAUGGACAUGCUAAACACCCUCCCGCAAUAAUCUAUGCACCCUCACACCAUACCCAACGUCCUCACUAUGCACCUCCCGCCAUGUUCCACCAUCCACCGCAGAUGGGAGCUAAUGGUAUGAUGUAUAGCCACUCUGCGCCGGUUCCGGGGCAGUAUCCACCUGCCUAUCCAACACCGUAUCCGUCGGUGGGGUCGCACCGACAUACCGCAUCCGCGCAUGAUGUUAGCGUUAAUCGUAAUUACCGAUCAUUGGGUCGCUCCAGCAGGAGAGAUCCUUCCGCUUCAGUUGAGUCGUUGGGUAGUGAGAAGUCUGGUAGUACCUAUUACGUUCUUCCAAAUCAUGGUCAAAAAGUACAUGUGAUUGAUCCUAGUCCCGAACCUUCAAUAGUUACUGCUACGUCCACCACAAAAUCACCUACCUCACCUUAUUUUGGUGAAAAGAAACCAUUUUUCCAUCGCCUGUUCGGAAAUAUGUUUUCCUCCUCGGGGUCGUCGCGAGGGUCAUCCACUAGUAGUGGAAGAAAGCUGCACAGGCGCCAUUCGAUAGGAGCUCAACAUAGGGCAGAGUAA